AUGGAUGUUGAGACGAGAUAUAGGAAGGAUAUGGACUAUGCUAAUGAUCCUCUCCUGUCGUACUUAUUGAAUACCAAACAUCUGGGCAAUUUGAGCGUUCUAACAGCGGAUGCAGUAAAGAGUGACUUGAAAGGAUAUGGUAGAAGAAAUAAUAUCCUACAAUAUCAAGAACAAUAUGGGAAGCUUGAAUUUGAAUGUUUUGAGAAUCAACAAGACAGGUUAUCGUUGAUGUCUAAGGAGUACAGAACUUGUGAGGAAAGUCAACGGACCAGAAGAUUUAGUGUUGAUUUUGAUGUCCCUGGAGUGGAGUCAACUGCAUCUAUUAAUGGUGCAGUGGAAGAGGAAUUGGGAAGAGAGGAGAGCGCUGACCAAGAGGGGUUGACAGAAUUAAGGAGAAGGUUGCUUGGUAGAAGACAUUCGGUGGGUUCGGAUGUUGGUAGAUCUACAGAUAGACAAAUUGAAGAUCAAGAUAAUUUGCAAAACGAAUUGGUACAAGAUAUGACCAAACUUGUAGGUAGCUUGAGACAAGGUGCCACAGCAUUUCAAAAUGCUCUAGACGAAGAUAAAUUUGUACUGGACGCAGCUGAAAUUGGUGUCCAAGUGGCAUCAAGAAGUUUGACAGAUAUAAGCGGUAAAUUGAAAAAAUACGACAAGAAGAAACUGGGCUACCUGUUUUACAUUUUGGCAACUUUAUUUAUGAUAAUUGGGUUAUUGGUGACAUUCGUCAUAAUAAAACUAUUUCCUGCGCUGUGA